AUGAGUGAAGUAUUAAAUAAAUCAGUAUUAAGUAGUGGAUGGUAUGGCACGGCAGUCCGCUUACUGGGGGAAGACUGCGAUUUUAAACGGUUCUUGAUUCUCACCAUAAGUGAAUUAAGAAGAGGCGUAUAUGAUUACCUCACAGAUACCCCAUGGUACAACAUGCUGAAGGACUAUCUGUUUGUCACCUUUUGCUACAAACUUUUAAGUAACCUUCUUUACCUGUUGAAGGUUUAUGGACCGGUAAGACUAGCAGUAAGAACAUAUGGGCAUAUCUCUAGAGCAUUAUUCCGUUGGUUGCUGGACUCACCAUUUUUGAAGGGAAGCGUAGAAAAAGAAGUUUCAAAAGUCAAACAAUCAAUUGAAGACGAGCUGAUCAGAUCCGACUCACAACUAAUGAAUUUCCCGCAGUUACCAUCCGAUGGGCUACCUCAGGAUGAUGUCGUUGAAGAACUGAACAAGUUGAAUGACUUAAUACCACAUACGCAGUGGAAAGAAGGUAAGGUCUCUGGUGCCGUUUAUCAUGGUGGCGAUGAUUUGAUUCAUUUGCAAACAAUUGCAUAUGAAAAAUACUGCGUUGCCAACCAGUUACAUCCUGAUGUCUUUCCUGCCGUACGUAAGAUGGAAUCCGAAGUGGUAUCGAUGGUUUUGAGAAUGUUCAACGCGCCCAGCGGUGCAGGCUGCGGCACAACAACUUCUGGUGGUACCGAAUCUUUGCUUUUAGCUUGUUUAAGCGCCAAAAUGUAUGCUCUUCACCAUCGUGGAAUUACCGAGCCAGAAAUCAUUGCCCCUAUAACCGCUCAUGCUGGAUUUGACAAAGCUGCCUAUUACUUCGGCAUGAAACUACGCCAUGUUCAAUUGGACCCCACGACUUACCAAGUGGACUUAAAAGAAGUAAGGAAAUUCAUCAACAAAAAUACAGUUUUACUAGUUGGUUCAGCUCCAAACUUCCCCCACGGUAUCGCUGAUGACAUCGAAGGCUUGGGGAAGAUAGCGCAAAAAUAUAAGCUACCUUUACACGUCGACAGUUGCCUGGGUUCCUUCAUUGUUUCAUUCAUGGAAAAGGCUGGUUACAAAAAUCUACCAUUUCUCGACUUUAGAGUUCCAGGCGUCACUUCGAUAUCAUGUGACACUCACAAGUACGGGUUUGCUCCAAAGGGUUCGUCAGUUAUAAUGUAUAGAAACAGCGAUUUGAGAAUGCAUCAAUACUACGUUAAUCCUGCGUGGACGGGUGGAUUAUAUGGCUCUCCCACACUAGCAGGAUCAAGACCAGGCGCCAUCGUUGUAGGUUGUUGGGCCACUAUGGUUAACAUGGGUGAGAAUGGAUACAUUGAAUCCUGCCAAGAAAUAGUCGGAGCUGCAAUGAAAUUCAAGAGAUUCAUUCUAGAAAACAUUCCAGACUUGAAAAUCAUGGGUGACCCCAAAUAUUCAGUUGUUUCAUUCUCGUCUAGGACCCUGAAUAUACAUGAACUAUCCGACAAGUUGGCCAAGAAAGGUUGGCAUUUCAAUGCUUUACAAAAACCUGUCGCCUUACACAUGGCCUUCACAAGAUUGAACGCCAACGUGGUGGACGAGAUCUGCGAAAUUUUGCGCACCACUGUGCAAGAGUUAAAGAGAGAAUCAGACUCCAAGCCCUCCCCAGACGGAACUAGCGCUCUAUAUGGUGUCGCCGGGAGCGUCAAGACCGCUGGCGUUGCCGACAAAUUGAUUGUUGGAUUUCUAGACGCGCUAUACAAGUUGGGCCCGGGGGAGGAUGCUGAUGCUACAUAA